UUGCAAGCUGGCAAUACGGCUAAUACAAUGCGUCACUUAAAAAUCUGAAAGAAAAGGAACACGAAGAAAUAUUCGAGAUUUCAGUGAACAACAAAAAUCGCUACGUUGACAAUUUUUUAAUAGGAUGGCAGACAAAAGGAAGGCUAAAAAACGAAAAGAGGAGUUCGGUGAACCAGCGGAGUCGGAAAAGCCGACAAGCGAGGAGUACGCGGUAGCAAAGUGGCUGAAAGCAAACGUCCCCACCAAGAAGACAAAGUUCCUUAAUCACCAUGUAGAGUAUUUUACAGGUACAAAGGCAGUGGACGCGCUCCUCACAUCAAAAUGGGCGACGGGGAAGAACCCGAUAUUCUCGACGCGCCAUGACGUCACCGACUACUUACACAAAAUGCUUUUGCACAAACUCUUCCAUAGGGCUAAGAAGGUACCAGUAAGUGAACAAGAGUUAAAAGGGAAAUCAAAGAAGAAAGACGCAGAGAAAUCGAGCAAGAGUGGAGAUGAAAAAGAUGAAAGCAAAGCUUUAAGCGCUAGUGAGAGCAAGGACACUAAAGAAGGUAAAGAUAAAGAAAAGGAGAAGGAGAAAGAAAAGAAGAAACGCAAAAUUCGACUGGAGAUGCACAUGGAACAGAUGUUCCUCGAUAGUCUAGACGCAUACGUGUGGAUAUACGACCCCAUGCCGUGGUACUAUUGGCUGUGCGGCGCCUUGGUCGUGUUCGGCACUAUUGGUGUCUGCAUGUUCCCACUUUGGCCUGCCACUGUAAGGAAAGGCGUGUAUUACCUAAGUAUCGCGGCGGCGGCGUUCCUCGUACUCAUCAUAGCGCUGGCCGUGCUCCGCGUGGUGGUGUUCUGUCUGGUGUGGCUGCUCACGCUGUCCCGCCACCAUCUGUGGCUGCUGCCCAACCUGACAGAGGACGUCGGCUUCUUCGCGUCCUUCUGGCCUCUGUAUAAGUACGAAUACCGCGGUCCCGGCGCCGACAGCGACAAGGCGUCUAAAAGUAAGAAGAAACGCAAGAAAGACAAACACUCGGACGAAGAGGACGAAAAGACUCCUCUAGUGCAGGCGGAGCCGACGGAGAGCACUAGUACAGAAGCCACAUCUGUGCAGGAUGACGCUGUUGAUACUAAAGAUGAAACAACAGAGCCAUCACCAAGUGCUGACAAGUUGUCAGAAUCAGAGUCAGAGAACAGUCAGCGGUCAUCAACGGACCGGGACUUUGAGAUAGUCGAACCAGGAGACGUUGAGGGGUCUGACUCCAAGGAGGGGUCGGACACAAAGGAGGAACCGGAUCCCAAAGGUAGCAAUACUUAGAUCUAGAUAUUACUGUUAGGUUGGCAAUAUGUAAACUCGGGGAUGGGUGGAUUAAAUUAUUUGUUUUUUGACAAAAAACUGAUUUUAAUCAAGGCAAAUACACUUAGCCCUUUCAAUGGUUUGUAAUGUUUGUUUAUAUUAAAACCCUUAUUAUAAAAAAGCGGAAUUAUAAAUUUCUUUGUUUAUUUAUAGCCGCAAUAGCUCAACGGUAAGAGCGGUCGGACUCAUCACCGACGGGUGGUGGUUCGAUCCCCGCUCCGUUGGUUUAUUGUCGUACCCACUCCUAACAGUCUUUCCCGACUAGUUGGAGAGGAAUGGGAAUAUUGGUCAUAUUAAAAAAAAAUAUGGCAAAUAUUCUUUAAAAAAAAAUAUAUUGAUGAAUUUUUUUUUCUGGUCCACGGUUACUUAUAUUUCGACGUCAAUGGUUGAUAUGACUUGUGUUCGAAUUUAUUUCUUUCAAUAGUUUUUUUGUUUUUUUUUUAAUAUUAUAUCAAAAAAAAUUAAUUACCCUUUUUCCUCUGUCUUAUGAUAACUGAAGUCUAAUAUAAAUUAUUAAAAUUAAUUGUGCAUUUAUAUUUGUAUAAAAAAUUGGUUACCUUUGGAUAUAUUAUGUUGAGUAUAUUGAAUAUAUCAGUUAUUAUAUAUUUAUAUAUUAUAACCUGUCCCCAAGAGUGAUAUAGAUCAGUUGUUAGGUUACACAAAAUAGCGAAUUUUCAAGUAUUUCAACAAAAAUUGCUUAAUCUUGGGACAUUUGAAAAUUAGAACUUUUUUAUUUAGGUACUUGAAAAACGAAAAUUGCACUAAAAUUUAGGUAUAUAAUUGACCGCAACUUCCAACGUGUAUCCACUAUAUUAUACCACGUGCGAAUUAGCAUGGUGCGGGUGACAGUUUUAGUAACGUUUCGUUUCACUCUUGUAAGUUCUCUCAAACAAAUAGAGGUUAAAUUCGACACUCACCAUUUGAAUGAUCCCCUCGGGGUACCCCUACAACGUGUUUGAAUUCCACUGUUAGUACAAUUUUCUAAUGUCCCAAAUUAAGUAAUAGAUUAUUAUCUAAUAUAUAGAUAAAUAUAAGUGAUUUUUUUAUAGAUACAAAUUAAUGUGUUUAUGCAUUUUUUUUAUCAUCAUAAUGAAAUUAUACUGUUUAUAUUCGUUUUGUGAUUCAAUGUUUUGGUGCUGCUUUUAAAUUUGUACGUUUUAAUGUAAUUAUUGGGUAUGAUUGCAUUUUAUUUACGCGUAUAACAUACAAAAUGUAUGUGAUAAAGCUGAACGCUCACUUAACAGUUUCGCACAAAAUGCAGUGCGUCUAUGGCACUAAUUUUGUAUAUAAAUAUAAAAAAGAUCUAUCAAUAAAUUAUAUUUCAUCAUUUUUCUACAUAAAUAAGCGACAUUUUUUGAUCAUCGCCAAACAUUUCUGCUUAGAGUUUAAUCUACAAAUAAAUUAACAUAUUGGUGCUAAUUUAUUUGAAUUUAUUUGUAUGCAAACUUACUAGUACGCAUUAAUAACAAAAAUAGUUGAAAAUUAAAAACUUGUCUUUUGACUGGUACCUUGGCAACGCUUUAAUGUCAAUUAAGUUUUUGUUUAGAUUCUUCAAAAGAAUAAUGCAUUCUGCAAAUGUGCCGAAAAAAUUGUGGUAAAAAUAAUAAGAUAUUAAUUUUCUGUUUAGUGAGCGUUUAGCUUAAAAAAAAUUGUGUGCAUUUCUUUAUUUAAAAGGGGGGUAGAUAUAUUAUGUAUAGGUAUGUAAUAAUGCUAAAAACGUGCAAGUAUUUUAUUAUUAUCAACGUUCAUAAUAACAAGUGAUUAAAAUGAAAAUUGUAUAUUUUAUUUUAUUUCAAAGUUUAUUCAUUAAUUUUCAAGAUCCGUCGGCUUGUCAAUUAUACGUGUCAUGCCAUUUUGACAGGUCACUUUUGACAUUUGGUUGUUUUUAUUUUGUAUUUCAUAAAAGUUUUAUGUUUAUAUCUAUAUUCGACUGUCUGUCUUUACAUGUCAAAAGUGUCCUAUUGAAAAGCAUAUUUUGUAGAAUUUAAAUUUUAGGUUUGAUAUUGUAUUGUACCUGUCUAUUUUGAAUAUACGAAGAAUGGAUUUUGGUAAAAUCGAGACAGUGAAAGCAUAAUAAUUUAUUUCAUUGAUUGAUUCAUCAUAAAAGUGGAUAAUAUUUUAUAGUGAAUCUAUUUGUUUCAAAUGACAUUUAGUGUACUCCAUGAAGUAUAUAGGGCACUAUAAUAUAAAGGUAUACACUAUACACCCACAAACCCGAUUCAAUAUUGAUUUAUUUAUCGGAAAGGUGAAUGCACACCGGCCAACACAACGUCGAUAAUAGAUGAUAAUUUAAGGUGGUAAAUACUAUAAUUAGUCCAUAAUUGUAUAUUUAUUAUUAUAUUUAUUUUCAUACAUUUUAACAGUCCGUUAAAUAUACGCAUUAGUUCUGCAUAUUAUGCUUAAAAUAUGAUACAAUAACUUAUUGAAUUAAUGAAUAAAUUUUGACUAAUUUAAUUUAUUCACUUAUUCAACAACUUAUUGUAUUAUUUGCAUUGUUAUUUAUUGUCCGUCUCGAUAUGUCUCGAUGUACCAAUUUCCAUGACAAGUACUUUUUAUUUUUGUAAAUAUUUCUCUCGUUUUCCAGAUCUAAUCAAUGUUAAAUGACGAAUUGUAUUCAUGAAAUUGACUUCCGUUAAUUCAAUAAAACGAUAUACUCUA